AUGGAGCCAGCCUGGAGAGGGGUCCUACUGGUUCUGCUGUCAUCCCUCUGUUAUGGAAUCUCCUGGGUCAGAGAGAAUAACUUUAUUGCACUUGCUGGACCUUUACAAAGUAAUGUAGGGGGUUCUACUAAUGAAGUCAGGUCAGAUAAACAGUUUGGAUGUCAUGAGAAGGUCCUACAUGACAUGAAUGACCAGAUACCUUUUCUACAGAAGAACAGUGUCACCCACUACAAGAUACAACUAGACUUGACCUCUCUGUCCUUUAGAGGAAAUGGCAAGACUGGGGAUGAGGGACAAGUGCAGUGUUAUAGGACCCUUCUACAAGACCUGGCUAAAGCCAGUAUUAGACCAGUUCUGAUCUUAGAAGGAAGAAGUCUCAGUGGACUUCUUGCAACCGGUACCAAGUUUGAAAAAAAACCAAUGGAUCUCUAUGUAGAAUACACUGAUUUUGCCUUCCGUUCAUUUGGGGAUUUGGUCGAUACCUGGAUUUCCUUCAAUGUUCAUACAGAUGACUUGAUGUAUUCACAGACUCUGCAGGCUCUGCUAGAUGCACAUGAGAAGGUGUAUACUUUAUACCACAACACAUAUUCUACAGCAGGUGGAAAAUUCUCUAUUGCCCUGGGAAUAGAAGAACUGAACACUGCACUGUUACUAAGACCACACUUCCUGGAAUCUGUUGACUUCCUUGCACUGAAUAUAGAAUAUAACUGUCAGAACGCUGAUCAGCUGCAGAAACUGAGUAAAAAUCAGAACAUCAGGAAGGGGCAGGAGAUUUUGAUUGUCAACUUUGCACUGAAUGAUUGCGACUCCUUGGCAGAGGACAGCAUAUAUGUACCAAUCUUCAAAAUAAAUGAAGCACUGGUCAGCUCUGGUGGAGUACUCUCAGGCUACGACAUCAGUGAAUUUAUAUACCAACCUUUUUACUAUAAGAAGAGACAUGAGAACCCAUCAAGUACAUCACGCACAGCAUACAGCACAGUUUGGGACAGAUUUGCCAGUCAGACACCUGCAGAGAGAGAUUCCUUCUUACAUGACACAUUCCCUAAUGGUUUCCACUGGGGCUCAUCCUCUGCAGCCUUCAAGAUAGAAGGAGGCUGGGCUGAGGGAGGAAAAGGAGAAUCUAUAUGGGAUGUGUUUGGACAGCAUGGCCACACUGACGAUAAUGCCACUGCAAACGUGGCCUGUGACAGCUACCACAAGAUUGACUAUGAUGUGUAUCUUCUAAAAGCUUUGAAGUCUAAUAUCUAUCACUUCUCCAUCUCCUGGUCUAGGAUAUUCCCAACAGGGUUCAAAUCCAUAAUCAACUCAGCCGGUGUGAAAUAUUAUGAUAAAUUAAUUAACAGAUUAAUGGAAGAAAAUAUUAAGCCAAUGGUGACUUUGUAUCACUGGGAUUUACCUCAAGCUUUGCAGGAGACUGGGGGUUGGCAGAAUGAGAGCAUCACUGACGCAUUUGCGGAAUAUGCAGAUUUCUGCUUCAGCAGUUUUGGAGAUCGGGUGAAACAUUGGAUAACGUUCCAUGAGCCCUGGGUAGUUAGUUACGCAGGUUAUGGCACUGGACAACAUGCACCUGGGAUUAAGGAGCCAGGGAAUGCUUCAUUCAAGGUGUCUCACAACAUGGUGAAAGCACACGCUAAGGCCUGGCAUGUGUAUAGUGACAACUAUCGUGCACUGCAACAAGGUCAGGUUGGAAUCUCUUUGAAUUCGGACUGGGCUGAGCCAUAUACCCCCACUGAUCCCGAGGAUGUAAGAGCGGCUGAGCGAUAUAUCCACUUCAUGCUGGGCCAAUUUGCCCAUCCUAUUCUGGUCAAUGGGGACUACCCAGAGGUUCUUAAGGCACAAGUUCAGCAGAAACAUGAGGAGUGUCCCAGUAGUGUGACUCAGCUUCCCACAUUCACUGAGUUAGAGCAGACCUAUAUCCAGGGCACUGCGGACUUCCUGGGUAUCUCCCACUAUACGUCCCGGCUGGUCAGUGCCUCUCUCAACAAUACCUGUAUAGCUGAAUAUGAUAAUAUUGGAGGAUUUUCACCACAUGUGGAUCCUUCGUGGCCAGUCACCUCCUCUCCAUGGAUCUCUGUGGUCCCAUGGGGCCUCAGGAGGAUUCUGAAUUUUAUACAGGAGGAGUAUGUGAAAGGGAAUCUGUCAAUAUAUAUAACAGGAAAUGGGAUUCCUACACCAGCUACCGGAGAGGUCUUCAAUGACACAGCUCGCAUGGACUACUUGUCUGCCUACAUCAAUGAGGCUCUGAAAGCUAUCAAGGUUGAUAAUGUGUCUGCAAGUUCAUAUGUAGUCCGGUCACUACUGGAUGGCUUUGAGGGCCCUCGAGGAUACAGCCAAAGGUUUGGUUUGCACUAUGUGGCUUUUGAAAAUGCAAAUAGACAACGGACCCCUAAAAAAUCAGCCUAUUUGUUCUCCACAAUUGUUGAAAAUAAUGGUUUCCCAAGUACAAAGAUCGUUAAAUCUGUUACUUCAAGUCCAAGAUGGACAAAUAUGAAGAAAUUAAGUCCGCUAUUAGCAUCGGAUGUUCCCUCUAAAGCAAAGAUUGUGUGGGAAACAUUUUCAGGGCAAACUGCCUUUGAAAGAGACAUGUACCAUUAUUCCACAUUUCCAGAUGAUUUCAAAUGGGGGGUCUCAACCUCUGCUUAUCAGGUUGAAGGGGGAUGGAACACAGAUGGAAAAGGACCAAGUACCUGGGAUACGUUCACACAUGUUCCUGGAAAUAUUGCUGGCAAUGCCAGUGGGGACAUCGCAUGUGACAGCUAUCACCAGCUGGAUGCUGACCUGUACAUGCUGAGGGGCCUAGGAGUGAACAGUUAUCGUUUCUCCAUCUCAUGGUCUCGAAUCUUCCCAACUGGACAAGGCACAGUCAAUGUCAAGGGUGUGGAGUAUUAUAAUAGACUUAUUGAUGGCCUACUGGCAAAUAACAUCUCUCCAAUGGUGACCCUUUACCACUUUGAUCUUCCCCAAGCUCUACAAGAUUUGGGUGGUUGGGAGACUGACUUUGUACUUGAUGCAUUUCAUAACUAUGCAGACUUUUGUUUUAAUACAUUUGGCGAUAGGGUUAAGUUCUGGAUGACGUUUAACCAGCCUCAUAGUAUUGUAGCAGCUGGCUAUGGAAAUGGUGUGUUUCCGCCUGGAGUGAAGGAUGAGCCCGGUGAAGCCCCAUACAGAGUUGCUCACAACCUGUUGUUAAUCCAUGCCAGAGUCUAUCACACCUAUCAUGAGAAGUAUCAUGGAAGUCAAGGAGGUGUAAUUUCACUUAGCCUCAACACAGAAUGGGUGGAGCCCAAAGACCCCAAGGAACCAAGAGACAUAGAAGCUGCUGACCGCUACCUACAGUUCACAUUGGGAUGGUUUGCACACCCUAUCUUCAAAAAUGGUGACUACCCAGAGGCCAUGAAAUGGCAGGUGGCAAAUAAAAGUGAACUACAGGGUCUCCAGACUUCCAGACUUCCAGUUUUCACAGAUCAAGAAAGGGCCUACAUCCAGGGAACAGCAGACGUUUUCUCCAUUAACAUAUACACCACAAAAAUAGUUCAACAUAAAACCAUAAGGUUAAGUCCCCCAUCUUUUGAUGCCGAUACAGAUAUUGCCGAAGAAGUUAAUACAAACUGGCCAUCAACGGCUGUUGGCAUACACAGGGCAGUAGCCUGGGGACUAAGGAGGCUGCUUAACUGGGUGAAAGAAGAGUAUGGAGAUGUUCCUAUAUACAUCACUGAAAAUGGAGUUGCUACAGAUAGUAAUGCCGAUUUUGAUGAUACCAGCCGAAUAUUCUAUUAUAAGACAUAUAUUGAUGAAGCUUUGAAAGCUUACAGCAUUGACAGGGUGAAUCUUAAAGGCUAUACUGCCUGGGGCCUCAUGGACACUUUUGAAUGGAACUCGGGAUACAGUGUGCGAUUUGGGUUGCACCACGUGGAUUUCAUGAACCCUAACCGUCCAAGGACAGCAAAGCGAUCUGCCAUUUAUUACGCCGAAGUUAUACGCAACAAUGGCAUCCCGCUACAGAAGGAGGAUGAGUUUUUAUAUGGAGAGUUCCGCAGUGAUUUUGCAUGGAGCGUGGCCUCUGCAGCCUAUCAGAUUGAAGGAGCCUGGAGGGCAGAUGGAAAAGGCCUGAGUAUAUGGGACAAAUUUACGCAUACACCAUUCAAAAUCUCAAAUGAUGAUAACGGAGAUGUGGCCUGUGAUAGCUACCAUCGGAUCCAUGAGGACGUGGCACUGCUAAAAGACCUCAAAGUCACACACUACAGAUUCUCCAUCUCCUGGCCUCGGGUUCUUCCAGAUGGAACGCUGAAAUAUGUGAAUGAGCCCGGGCUCAAUUAUUACAUUCAACUUAUUGAUGCUCUGCUGGCUGCCAAUAUCACACCUCAGGUAACUAUUUAUCAUUGGGAUCUACCACAAGCUCUACAAGACGUUGGUGGGUGGGAGAAUGAGACUAUAGUGGCAAGGUUUAAGGACUAUGCUGAUUUGCUAUUCCAAAGAUUGGGAGACAAAGUGAAGUUCUGGAUCACUCUGAAUGAGCCCUACAUCGUUGCCAAUCUGGGGUACGGAUACGGUACAGCAGCUCCAGGAAUUGCUGGCAGGCCUGGGCGUGCACCAUAUGAAGCUGGGCAUAAUCUAAUAAAGGCACACGCAGAGGCCUGGCACCUCUACAACAGUACGUACAGGGCGAAACAAGAAGGCCUCAUUUCUAUCACUAUCAAUUCUGAUUGGGCUGAACCAAGAAAUCCAUACAAGCAGGAAGACGUUGAUGCAGCAAGAAGAUUGAUGAUGUUUUAUGGCGGAUGGUUUGCAAACCCAAUUUUUAAAAAUGGCGACUACAAUGAGAUCAUGAAAUCAAGGGUGCGGGAGAGAAGUCUUGCUCAGUCACUGCCUAAAUCUCGGCUUCCUGAAUUCACUGAAGAAGAGAAGAAACGUAUUAAGGGGACUUAUGACUAUUUUGGAUUUAAUCAUUAUACGACCAUCUUGGCGUCCCCUCUUAACUUCCCCAAGAAUAUGCAAUCAUAUGAUGCAGACAGGGGUGUAGGAUCCUUGACUGACCGUAGUUGGCUUGGCUCUGGCUCCAUUUGGUUGAAGGUGACUCCUUUCGGGUUCCGCAGGAUACUAAACUGGAUAAAGGAAGAGUACAACAACCCGCCUAUUUAUAUUACAGAGAAUGGUAUAUCUGAACGGGGGACCAAUCUGAAUGACAAGUGGAGAGAACAUUACUAUAAGCAUUAUGUUAACGAGGCUUUGAAAGCUGCCAAGUACGAUGGUGUGGAUAUCCGUGGUUAUACAGCUUGGUGCCUAAUGGAUAAUUUUGAGUGGGCAACAGGGUUUGCCGAGCGUUUCGGUUUGUACUACACUAAUUACACAGAUCCAAAUCUGGCUCGUAUCCCUAAAAAGUCUACAAAGUAUUACCGGAAACUCAUUCAGUGCAACGGAUUCCCGGAUCCAAUAAAUACCUCUCACCCCUGUCUGCAGCCAGAACCUGAAGGCACAGACACCACAACAGCCAGCAGCAGUCACACAACAGCCACUACAGCAAAGACAGCCAGCAGCAGUCACACAGGACCCUCGGGAGCUCCAGAAUCAGAGACCGUUAACUUCCUCGGACUAGACAUCUCUACAUCAGAUGCGAUGAUCGCUCUGUAUGUGGAGUUUGGACUUUUACUUGCUGCUGUUUUGGGCAUCAUUGUGUUUUCAGUUCUGUACAGUAAAUUGCACAAGAAAUUUAAAUUUGCUCAAUUAUUUUAGAUCUCACCAUCAGAUUAUGGGGUAUAUGCAAUAGCGGGCGAAUUGGCAAAAUAGGCGAAUUCCGGGCCGUUUUCGCCUCCAAAAAUCAAUUCGCCUAUGCAGUGCAGUCAUUUUUCGCAAAAAAACGGCCCGUCAAAAUUCGCCUUUUCUCAAUUCGCCUUUUUCCGAAUUCGCCUUUUCUGCAAUGGUACAGAUGCUGCAAUUCGCCUCCAGCAUAUUCAAUUCAAGUUUGGAAAUUCGCCUGCAGUGCUUUUAGACAGCAAAUUCGCGAUUUUCACUCCGCCACACUUUGGAGGGUGAAAACAAAUAAAAAAUUUUUAAACAUGUUUUUUUUUGUGUUUUUUUUUUUAGGAAUAGCAGAUCUAUUUAUAUUAGAAGGGAUUAGGUUUUUUUUUUUUUUUUUGGGGGAGGCACAAAUAUUAUUUAUAUAUUUUUUAAAAUAAUAUUUUUUUUUAUUUUUUUAU